GGAGAGAUAACUGUGUUUAAAGGUGAUUUAGAUGGGGGACUAAGGUUUCCUCUCCAUCCCUUCCUGAAAUCUCUCCUGGUCAAACACAAUCUUACCCCUGGCCAGAUAGUUCCUAAUGGGUGGCGAAUGUUGGUGUACUUUUUACUGGUUUGCCUGAAGAAUGAUAUUUCACCCUCUGUUAAGUUAUGUAGGCUAGUCUUUGAUAUGAGAUAUCUAGCUGGAUUAAAGCAUUUUGUAUAUUUAACAUGUAAACAAAACUUCAAAGUUCCCAUAUGUCCGAGCUCAAAUAAGAGGUGGAAAAGAAGGUUUUUUUACAUCUGUCCUAAGGUAGGUGAGUUCUCAUUCCCCAACAAAUGGGGUUACCCCGACGUGUCCAAAUUCAACCGGUCUGUAACAUGUGCUGCUUCUUUAAAACAAGAGCUUGAUAAGCUCGUAAGGCUUGAACCACUUGGGGAAAAGAUGUCUCAGGUGUUAACUGGUGAUAUGCUCAUGUCUGUCGGGCUCGGGCAUCAUGAUUGUGCUGAGGGCAUGGAUUUUGAUGCCUCGUAUGUUUUCAAGAUGGCUAGAGAAAAGUUUACGGCACCUGGUGCUUCCUCUCCUUCAGGGAGAAAGAGGGCUGCAAUUAGCUCACCGGAUGUGCCUUCGCCUCAAAAUCCAUCAACUUCACCCCAACCAUCAGUUGUUGGUUGUGUUGAUAUUGAGUUAAAGAAGAGCUUAGAACAGAAGUCCCUGGAAGAGAGUCGUCAAGGACUCUUGAUGGAGAUAUCUCGGGUGGCGACCUUCGGGGUAUCACUAUACGAGCGGGCAAAGGAUGCUGAGAAAAGAGCCAGAAAGGCGGAGGAGGAGUUCCUCGAAAAGGGUGUCCAAGUUGAGCGAUUAAUGGUGGAGAGGGCGAAGACAUCGGUGGAAAUACAAAAUAAAGACUACGAGUUGCAUGAUAUGAAAAAGGCUUUGACGGAGUUGGAGCGAAAGGUGGCUUCACAUGACGUUUCUCUGUCUGAUGCUGUAUCAAUUUACAAGAAGACAAAUGAAUUUAAGGAAACCUUGGCCAUGUAUGGGUCAAAAUCAUAUCUCUUGGCACUUGACCAUGUCAAGGCUUGGCUCAGGCAGAGCCAUCCGACCAUUGAUCCUGCUGAACUGGAGGUAUUUCUGUCCACACUUGAUGUUGGGUCUAGGUCCCCUGGGGGUGAUGAAAUGUGAGACGGCAAUGUGAUACCUAUGACUCUGCUUCUAUGUGCUUUUGGUUAUGUUUUGAUGAAUGUCGCCAUUGUAAAGGGGAGAGAGACUCUCUUAACUUUAGGCAAUGGAGAUAAAAACUCUCAGAAUGUUCUCAUUUCCUGUUAUAACCACUUUCAAUAUUCAUUACUAAUGU